GAUCGAUUGGAUCGGAGAGCUUCAUUUCGCCUGUCCGUUGCUAACAUGAGAACUUAUUGCUAUGUAGCAUCGUGCUAGCUGAUGAGUUACGACUAAACACGUUAUUACAUUUAGCUUUAAUUUUUUGCGUGUAGGUUUUUAAAAAAAUGUUGAGUUCGACAUGGAAUUUCAUCAAACGCCAUAAAAGGAAAUUCAUCUUUACGGGAGUUUUUGUUGGAGGUGUGUAUCUACUUGGUAAAUAUGCACAGAGAAAAAUUCAGGAUAUACAAGAGCGUGAGGCUGCUGAAUAUAUUGCUCAAGCUCGGAGACAAUUUCAUUUUGAAAGUAACCAGAGGACAUGUAACAUGACAGUGUUAUCAAUGCUUCCUACUCUAAGAGAGGCGAUCAUACAUCAUCUCAACUCAGAGACCCUCACUACUUUGCUUAAGACUAAGCCAGCCAAUAAGCUUGAAAUCUGGGAGGAUUUAAAGAUAAUCAGUUUUACUCGCAGCAUUGUGGCUAUUUACAGCACUUGUAUGUUGGUGGUCUUGCUGCGAGUUCAGCUCAACAUAAUUGGUGGCUAUCUGUACCUGGACAACUCUGUGACAAAGAACGGAGCGACCCCUUUAGCACCUCCUGAUGUCCAGCAACAAUAUCUGUCAAGUAUUCAACACCUUCUUGGAGAAGGACUCAUUGAACUGAUAACUGUGGUGAAGAAAGCUGUCCAGGAAGUUCUUGGACCGAUGUCACUGAGGCAGAGUUUAUCCCUGCAAGAGUUGGAGGAACAGUUAACUCGGAUCAGACAGCUAGUUGAAGGCAGUUCUUCCUCUAAGCACAAGAGUCUUUCCUGGUACAUGAUGCCUGAUGAAGAGAACACGCUAGCAUCACAGGCCUGUGGUCUCACUGAAAAUGAUAUCACAACAAUAAAACUGCUCAAUGAAACGAGAGACAUGCUUGAAAGUCCGGACUUCAGUACUGUACUCAGUACGUGCUUAAAUCGAGGCUUUGUCCGAUUCCUCGACAACUUGGCAGAGUUCUUCCGGCCCCCACAAGGAGACGCCACCACCUGCAACUCACCUGAUUGCUUAGUAUUGUCACCUGUGAGCCUCCCGCUUGCCAAAAUCAUUCCCAUCAUUAAUGGACAGAUACAUUCAAUAUGCAGUGAAAUACCAAGUCACUUUGUCCAGGAUCUUUUGUUGAUAGACCAAGUGAAAGAGUUCGCCGCCAAUGUGUAUGAAACGUUUAGCACACCUCAGGAUCUUCAGAAGUGAGUGUGGGAUCAAGCAAGUGAGACGUUGACUCCUUACAAAUCCACUUUAUGCUCAGAUUCUCGUGCUGUCCAGAAAAGACACAAAGUCCUGAUAUCGUCCAGGCCAAUGGCAACACAUGGUUGACCCGAGAGAUGAGUGCAUAGUUGGUCGAUCGCAUCCUCUGUUUAGUAGGCAUUCAAUAUGGAGAAUCUUCUUAUGUCCUGCCAGAUGUGCUGUCUGUUUGACUUAACCUUCCUAACAAAACAGGAUAGUUGCAAAUAACUGUCCAUGUCGUCCCAGGCAUGCCAAGUUUUUACAGGCUGUAAUGAAUUUUUAUUUAUUUUUAAUCCUUGUAGCAUAACAUUAUCACUAUAUAAUUGUGCAAAUAAAUGUCUCACUGGCUGGUGA